CUUACAGAGCGAGUCCAUCACGGGUCACAAGAAACCGGUUUUCACCCUCAGAAACUCUUUAACAAAGUCGACACAGCCUGAGAGGAUCUGAUCCCGCGCUCGUGUUCACUCAGCUGCGAAUCAUGGCAGGUGAGAGGUAGAAACUCAGAUCAGGGAGCUUCGGUUAAGGACAGUAACAGCGAGCGACUGAGGAGCGAUGCCCAACACGAGAGUCCUCAAGCCCAAACCGGCUGAAACGAAGCCCAAAGCGCGGAUGGACGAAUUAGGCAGCCACCGCGGCAAACGGGCGUCGAGCUGCCCACGCUGUUACCAUGACAACGCGCGCGACCCUGUUGCCGUGGAGACCAGAGGGCGCGCGCCAAAGGCGACAUCAAAAGCACGAGCUGCAGCUCCCGGCGAACUGAAGGCGACCGAAAAAACACGAACAGCAGCGACAUCGUGCGAGUCGAAGACGACAAAAGCACGAACUGCAGCGUGUGGAGCCUCGCAGUCUCAGCCACCUAGAGCCCAGCCCAAGAAACACCCUGAGAUCCAAAGCCAUAAAGCCUUUACCGUUUUUGCUCCCAAUCCCAAGAAAAGGCAAGAUAUUCAGAGAAAGGCUGAGGCAGAACUUGCAGCUCUAGAAGACCUACGCUUGAGUCGGACUAUGAAUUAUGUUUCCAUCUCACCAAGUGCUGUGGGUGGAUGCUUAACGCUGGAGGAAGUCCGAAUAAAACAGCAACAAGAGAUGCAAAUGAAAAGACGACAAAAACAGAUGAAAAAACAUGCUUUGGAAACAUCUCCCAUGGUGUUCGGAUGACGUUCUGAAUGUCAGAAAUAAAUUCGUCAAACUUUCUUUGCAGCUUGUGUGAUUCAGAAAAUGUGUCCUUACGUUCAGUGUACUCAACUAUAUUUCCUUUCUAAAUGACAACCUUAAGACAUUCACAAAAUGUAUGGUGUAUUUUAUUUUUACUUUGUUGAGACUCAGCGAUGCUAUUUUAAAUGAGAUGAGUGCAUUCUGUUGAUUUGUGUUGUAAUGUUGAAUUGUCCAGUGUCUAAAACUGUAAUAACUGUGAAGCUGUUGCUUAUUUUUGAGAAUGACAAAGGUAUUAUACUUAUUACACUCAUACAACUAUAACAAUAACAUCUCAGUUUCUUCUAUGGAAAAUGAUGGAUAAUAAACUUGUUCCCUUCGCAGCUCUCAUGCUUGUCCCAUAGUUAGUAAGAGUUGCUUAGAAGAAGAAUAUUGACAAAGGAGUACGAUUACAGUGUUAUUACAAAUGUGCAAUAUGUAAUUGAGUUUCAUUCAUUCCGUUAUGUCAUGCUGUUCAUUGCGGUUCUUGCAGUGUUGUGUUUUUCGUCUGUUCCCUAGCAACAAUUACUUCUCUUUCUCGCUCUCUUUUUUUGUUUUGUCAUCCGUGUAUAUUCUGAGAGCCGUCUACUUUGAAAUUUCCAAAAAUACAAACUCCUGCUGGCUGGGAGAGAGACAGAGAGAGAAUGAGAGAGACAGAGAGAGAGAGAGUGAGAGAGAGAGUUGUGUGUGUUACGAGAUGAGCAUGGAAAACUGAGGGAACAGGCAGUGAAGGCCAGCUGUGUUUUUCCUCAGUGUGGUUUAGCCUUACGCUCUUUUACCACACCAUCACUCCCUGUACCAUGUACCACGUAGCGCUGGGCUAUAAUUCUGGGUUUCAACUUGUAUAAAUGUUUAGACAGUGCAAGCAUAAGACAAUUUCGCUGAAGUGCAAUGACAUAUGCUAAAUAAAAUAAAGUUCAAAUAUCUCUUGGAUGGCCAAGAUACUAAACUA